AAUACUUCUUACAGUUCGAUGGUAUGAUGCAUGAAGAGCGCAGUGGGCGACUGGCUGAUGAACAAGGACUCCGCCUUUUAUGGUGGAGCGGUAUGUCGGCUAGCAGGGUGGAUCUAGUCCAUGUCUGCAAAUGCCGGCUUGGAGUCUAGAAUCUUGAUUCUUACAAGAUACCCAUAAUCUGUUUGGUGAAUGUUCAGAAAGAAAAAAACAAAAAGGCUAUGAAUUUACUGUUAUCGCGCUGUGAUAUUGAUCCCAUCUUCUACUAUGUCUUUGGAAACGACACAGUUCAUCUUCUUCUCUCAUCUGUCGCAUUGCAUGGAGAGAACUCUGGUUUUUGGUCUCUUCAUUGAUGGGUCCAUGGCUGUACCUGCUAUUUAUACUAAUUCCUCAUGUGUUUCUCAAACCCCGCUUCUUUUGUACAACCUUGAAAGAUUCCUCUUGGGUUUUAUAUAUAUCUCCUCAGAAGAUUCUUUGGUUUGGGUUAAUGAUAAAGAAGUAUCGUGCUUGAGUUUUUCUUCUACAGAUUACCUACCUUGCACUGGUGGGUGGUAGCUGAAGCAAGAGAGCCACAAUGGAUAAGACAUCAAUUGCCCUUGAAGCUAUUAUCAACGAAACUGUUGAUCUAGAAAAUAUCCCAAUUGAAGAAGUUUUGGAGAAGUUAAAAUGCACAAAAGAGGGUCUAAACUCUGAGGAGGUUCACGAGCGUUUGAAGCUCUUUGGAUACAAUAAGCUUGAAGAGAAAAAGGAAAGUAAGAUUCUAAAAUUUUUGGGCUUUAUUCUGAAAAUUGAUCAAUCAGCUCUUACUGGAGAGUCCCUCCCAGUAACCAAAAAUCCUGGUGAUGGUGUUUACUCUGGUUCAACUUGUAAACAAGGUGAAAUUGAAGCAGUUGUAAUUGCCACUGGAGUACAUACUUUCUUUGGAAAGGCAGCUCAUCUUGUGGAAACCACUACACAUGUUGGGCAUUUUCAGAAGGUCUUAACUUCAAUUGGGAAUUUUUGCAUUUGCUCAAUUGCUUUUGGCAUGGUGUUUGAAAUCAUUGCCAUACGUGUGGUUCAAGGUAGAAAAUAUCGUGAAGUUAUAGAUAACCUACUUGUUAUCCUCAUUGGCGGUAUUCCUAUUGCCAUGCCAACGGUUCUGUCUGUCACCAUGGCCAUUGGUUCUCAUCGGUUGUCCCAACAGGGUGCCAUAACAAAGCGAAUGACUGCAAUUGAAGAAAUGGCUGGGAUGGAUGUGCUUUGUAGUGAUAAAACAGGCACUUUGACACUCAACAAGCUUACAGUGGACAAAAAUUUGAUAGAGGUUUUUGCCAAUGGUGUUGAUAAGGAUAUGGUAGUUUUGAUGGCUACAAGAGCUUCAAGAUUGGAGAAUCAAGAUGCUAUUGAUACUGCUAUUGUUUCAAUGUUGGCUGAUCCCAAAGAGGCGCGUGCUGGAAUUACGGAAGUUCACUUUCUCCCAUUCAAUCCGACUGAUAAGAGGACUGCACUUACGUACAUUGACAAAUCUGGUAAAAUGCACAGAGUUAGCAAAGGUGCACCGGAGCAGAUUCUUAAUUUGGCUUGGAACAAAUCUGAUAUUGAAAGAAGAGUGCAUGCAAUAAUUGAUAAAUUUGCUGAACGGGGACUUCGAUCCCUUGCAGUUGCACGGCAGGAAGUUCCUGCUGGUACAAAAGACAGCCCUGGUGGACCCUGGGAGUUUGUUGGUCUUCUUCCUCUCUUUGAUCCUCCGCGCCAUGACAGUGCAGAAACUAUUAGAAGAGCUCUGGAGCUUGGUGUGAGUGUUAAGAUGAUUACAGGUGAUCAACUGGCUAUUGGUAAGGAGACAGGAAGGCGACUUGGAAUGGGUACAAACAUGUACCCUUCAUCUUCUCUUCUUGGAGAGCACAAGGAUGCAGAAAUUGGAGGUUUACCUAUUGAUGAACUUAUUGAAAAAGCAGAUGGAUUUGCUGGUGUCUUCCCUGAGCACAAGUUUGAGAUUGUGAAACGGUUACAAGCUAUGAAACAUAUAGUUGGCAUGACUGGUGAUGGGGUCAAUGAUGCGCCAGCAUUAAAGAUAGCAGACAUAGGAAUUGCUGUGGCAGAUUCUACAGAUGCUGCUCGAAGUGCCUCUGAUAUAGUACUUACAGAGCCUGGCCUGAGUGUGAUAAUCAGUGCUGUUUUAACUAGCCGUGCAAUCUUCCAGAGAAUGAAAAAUUACACGAUAUAUGCAGUAUCCAUCACGAUUCGUAUAGUGUUGGGUUUCAUGUUGUUGACUGUGUGCUGGAGAUUCAACUUCCCUCCUUUAAUGGUCCUAAUUAUUGCCAUUCUCAAUGAUGGUACUAUAAUGACAAUAUCCAAAGACAGGGUGAAGCCAUCACCAGUUCCUGAUAGUUGGAAACUCAGUGAAAUCUUUGCAACUGGGGUUGUUAUUGGUACUUACCUAGCUAUGAUGACUCUUAUUUUCUUCUGGGCGAUGUAUGAAACUGAUUUCUUCCCGACUCAUUUUGGUGUAAGACACUUGAACAAGCAUUCUAUUGAUCGGUCAGACAAGGAUGCCGCGAAGAAUUUGGAUAGACAGUUAGCAUCUGCAGUUUAUCUUCAAGUUAGCACCAUUAGCCAGGCUUUAAUAUUUGUGACACGCUCUAGGGGCUGGUCAUUUCGGGAAAGGCCAGGUUUUCUGCUGCUUGUCGCCUUCGUGAUUGCUCAACUAGUUGCAACUAUUAUAUCUGCUGUAGCAACAUGGGGUAUGGCUGAAAUCAGUGCAAUUGGCUGGGGUUGGACUGGUAUUAUCUGGUUGUAUAACAUUCUCAGCUAUAUGCUACUUGAUCCAAUCAAGUUUUGCGUUAGAUAUGCACUUAGUGGAAGAGCUUGGAACCUGGUGAUAGACAAAAGAACGGCCUUCAACAACCAGAAGGACUUUGGAAAAGAAGCCCGUGAGGCUGCAUGGGCAACCGAACAGAGGACACUCCACGGCCUCCAGUCUAGCGGCAUUAAGAACUUCUCUGAGAAGCACACUUUCAGGGACAUCAGUGUCAUGGCCGAAGAAGCCAGAAGACGUGCAGAGAUCGCAAGACUUAGGGAGCUUCACACUCUGAAAGGCAAAGUCGAGUCCUUUGCAAAACUAAGGGGAUUGGACAUCGAUGUUAACCCACAUUACACAGUUUAGGAGACGUUCCAGCAGCAAAUUCUCUUCUCUUUUGUGAUUUUUGUUUAAUUUGUAUCAGUCUCCAGUGGAUCAAUUUCUUCCAACUUAAUCUCCUCGGCAUCGUCAUGCGAAAUUGAAUUGGAUGAAGCAAUCAAUAUUUCAUUGUGAACUAUGAAUAAGGGCUUUCCAGUGCUGUUACAUAAGUUUUCUUUUAAGAGAAUACAUUGCAAGUUUCAAGUA